AUGCCCUUUGCUCAAGUGGUCAUUGGCCCACCGGGCGCAGGCAAAUCGACCUACUGCAACGGCAUGCAACAGUUCAUGGGCGCGAUCGGGCGGAAGGCGUCGAUCGUGAACCUCGACCCGGCCAACGACCCGAUCUCGUCAAGUUACGAACCCGCGCUGGACAUCCGCGACCUGAUCUCGCUGGAGACGAUCAUGCGCGACGAGGAGAUCGGCUUGGGGCCCAACGGCGGCGUCCUCUACGCGCUGGAGGAGUUGGAGGCGGACAUGGACAAUAGUGACGGUGACGGUGACGGCGAUGGAGAUGGAUGGUUUGCGCGGGGCCUGAGGAAGUUGGGCGACGAUUACUUGCUGCUCGAUUGUCCCGGGCAGGUCGAGAUCUUCACUCACCACGCGAGUCUGCGGCGGGUGCUGGCUAGGUUGGAGAAGAUGGGAUAUCGUCUCGUUGUCGUCAACCUGAUUGAUUCGUACGCUCUCACGCUGCCGAGUCUCUACAUCUCGACGCUACUGCUCUCCUUGAGAAUGAUGCUCCAGUUGGACUUGACACACGUGAAUGUGCUGACCAAGAUUGACAACCUGAACAAAUACCCUCCCCUGGCGUUCAACCUGGAUUUCUACACCGAGGUGCAGGAUUUGGAGUUCCUGCUCCCGUACUUGCGGGACGAGUCGCCGCUGUUUCGGACGGGGAAGUUCACGGCCCUGAACGAGGCCAUCGUUCGCCUCGUGGAGGAGUUCGGGCUCGUGGGCUUUGAGACGUUGGCGGUCGAGGAUAAAAAGUCGAUGAUGCAGUUGUUGAGGACGAUCGAUCGGGCGGGGGGUUAUGCGUUUGGGGGCGCCGAGGGGGCGAAUGACUCGGUCUGGCAGGUUGCUGUUAGGGAGGGCAUGCCUACGAUGGACGUCCGGGAUGUGCAGGAGCGGUGGAUCGAUCAACGGGACGAGUUUGAUGAGAUGGAACGAAAGGAGUGGGAGGAGGAGCAGAAGAGGCGGGAGAAGGAGUGGCAGGAAGGCCGAAUGGUGGAUGGGGAUCAGGAAAUGGGGGAUGUGGACUUACCGCCUGUGACGGGCGGCAGGGAUGGAGGUGUCAAGGUUGUGAGGAGCGGCAAGAAGUCGUGA